AUGGGAACACUAGUGGGACACGUGCUCCCAGGCACGUUAUUCCUCAUCUAUGCAAUAUGGCAGACGUUUUCUGUUACGUACCGCUUCCACAAAUCAAAGCAUACCAGGAACAAGUUCAGUACCACAGCUGCCUACAAUGAUUUCUCGUGGUGCUGCAAAGUACCGGUUGAAGCGAUUUUCAAAAUGGUUUCUGCCUCAAUCGGCAUAGCAGUUGAAAGUUAUGCAGCCACACCGGAUCUUUUCCACGAUCCCCAGAAUUCUCAGCACACGACCAUGUACGCGUUCUUCUUCCUCGCUGGGUUGAUCGAUUUAUUGAUUUCACUCGGCACUCCUGUACCCCCUGACGUGGAUUACCUGGCAAUGGCUCUCGCUUUCAGCACUGAGGCACUCCUGUUUGCUAGUCACACUCAUGGAAGAACUCCACUGGACAUAGAGGUUCAUCAAUUCCUCAACUAUACGUUGUUGGCCUGCGUUGCGUCAAUAAUUCUCGAGAUCAGCAGCACAAGAAGACGACUAAUAGUAGCUUUAACGAGGAUCUUCUUCAUCAUGUGGCACGGCGCCUGGUUCGUGGCCGUGGGCUUGAUCAUGUAUCCUCCAAAAAUCGAGGAAAAAUGGGACGAAGAAGCUCACAAAAAUCUGAUGAUUGCCACAGACAUGUUCGCAUUCACAGCCGGACUGGUUCUGGUUACCAUGCUCGGGAUCUACUGGGGAAUGAUGGCAGUGACUAAAUGCAGGGCGCCAUCGUGGAUUCUCGCAAAUGUCAAGCGUCGGUCGGAGACUGAAAGACUGGCUGUUAUUUCCCGUCAGCGUGACGCUCUACCUGCUGUCGAGGAUGACUCAGAUUCAGAAGACAUUCUGUGAUCAGAGCUCUGUUCUUGGCAGCAGUUGAGCUACACGUAAUGUCAAAAGAAGAUCAUCGAGAAUUUCUUUCCAAUAUGGGAGAAAUAAUCCCUUUGUACCGAACAGUUGCCGCGUAUUACGUACACAUAUUGCAGUCGCAUUAAAAACGCACCAAGAAAAUGUUGAAAAUAA